AAAAUAUACUAGAUUCCCCUCUGAAAAGACAUGUGAAAUUUAACGAAAUUUGAUUGGUUGAUAACGAAACAGCUGACCUACCAGCUGGUGAAACAAAACGUCAAAUCAAAUCAAAAUAUUCUGCCGCGGAUGAUGAGCUUGUCCUGUGGUUUCAUUUCGUAAACAUUCAGAUAACACCUGUUGAUGAAUCAAGGGUUGUUUCUGUUGGGUUAAAAGGAUUACUAAUAUAUUGUGUACAUAUGACUCAUUCUAAAGAUUUGUGUGUCUAUCGAAUUAAGAAUUAGGUGAAUUUGUUUAGAGAUUAUGGAAUAAUUGUAUUACUGAAUAAAUAUUUUGCUGCACUUCAAGAAUCUCACCUAUCAAAAUGCCUUCAAAACUGGAACAGCUUCAGUUACAGUUUCGACAAAGACUGAACGAAGAGCGUAUGAUUAAAAUCCAUACCGAUAACCAACAAAAAGCUUUGAGCAAAGUUUCAAGAUACACCAAUGGUUACCAAAACAGCCCUUCUUCUACUUUAGUUUCUCCCAAACCUCCACAAUCUGUCGUUCCUCCUCAAGCACACCAUUCUCCUAUUAAGAAGGGUAGCCCUGGUGUGGACAGAUCUCGUCCCUUGCCCCCUAUUGCCAAGGAACAGCCGAAGAACUUUUCCAGUAGUCGAAGUAGCCCAAUACCAUCUCCCGUAGAGAACUUUGCCAAAACUGCUGAUUUUCGGUCCAAAUCUGUUGACUUAGAGCAAAGAAAUAGGCUUCCAAUCGGUGUUCAGAAUGGUCGAGGUACGAUCCAGAGAAAUGGUAAUGCCAAACCGGUAAUUCUUGAACCUAAACAAGUGUACCAGUCCAAUGGAGCUUCCGAUAGAAAAUCUAAUCAGGACACGCUGACCAAGUUGAAACAAGCCGAACUACAGCGUUUGAGAACUAAUACCAAGCCCCGUGACGAGUCUCCUCUUAAAAAUGGAACUAACGGCACCACUACUGCAAGAGCUUCAUCCCCAAUCAAGAAACCAGUCAGGGUAUCAACACAGACUAUCGUGCAACCUAAACCUAAACCAAAAGCUCAGGUUGCUCCCUCUUCUUUUGUAAAGAAAACAAAUCCCAUACCUUCCAAACCUAGAAAUUCAUUAGGCAAUGCCAAUCAAAGUAACGAACUGCCCAGGAAACCUCCCGGUCCUGGUCAAGAACAAUGCAACGUGUGCGGACGGAACUUCAACAAGGACAGAAUUGAGAAACACAGAAGCAUUUGUAAGAAGGCAGCAUCCAAGAAGGUGAAAGUCUUUGAUGCCACCAAGAUGCGUGUCAAAGGCACAGAAGCAGAGCAGUUCGUCAAGAAAGGAUUACCCAAAGCGGAACCCAAGCCAAAAAAAUCAAAUUGGCGCAAGCAGCAUGGAGAGUUCAUUGAAGCUAUCAGGCAAGCGAAAAUGGUGCAACAACACUUGGCCAAGGGUGGAAAAGUGAGUGACCUACCACCCCCGCCACCUUCAGAUAACUCCGACUACGUUCCUUGCCCUUACUGUGGACGAAAAUUUAAUGAAGGUGUUGCUCAGAGGCACAUCCCUAAAUGUAAGAACAUUCUAUCGAAUAAAAAGAAUUCCAAUGCAAGAAAAUGAUUGGGGGAAAAAAAUGUGUGAUGCUUGAUUUACAUGCAUUUUUUAUUUACUGGAUUUUUAGUGCUUCCUAUGUUUUCUUAUUUGAUAAGAAUAUGCAAUUUGUACUGUUUUUAUUCUCGAAUUUUUAAUUUUUAAGAUUUUGGUGUGUAAUGUUUUAACGUUAAUCACGAAUGUUUUUAAAGUUUUUAAAUUAAUCAGUUAAUGUAAUUUAUAAUCCAAUUUAUCGUGCUCGCAGAUCAAAAUUAAAGUUUUAUUUUUACAUAGUUACUAAAUUUUAAAGUUCGAAAUGAAUUUUUUAACAUUAAGUAAUAAAAUUAAUAACAGUAAAAACAAAUAUAAAAUUAAGUAUUAAAUUCCUACUGCAUAACUACUGCCUAUUAUGUAUUAAAAUUUAUUGACUGUUCAAGUAAAAAUAAAUUUAUAUAAAAGUGAUUGGUACUCUCCCAUAAUUGAGUUUAUAUUAUAUAUUAAAUAUUUAAUUGAUAAUGUAUAGGAAAUAUAAUGCAAUUGUAUAUUAUCAAUCGAGGGCAAAAAUACAGCUUAUAAGUUUUUAAUAAGACCUUGAAUGUAUAAUUUACAUCAAAUGAGAAGAAUAUUUGCUCUAUUUGAUUGAUUUUAAACAAAAAAAAUUGUACAUUCACCGGGAAAAAUUUCUCAACAGUUUUGUAAUAAAUUAUUUAUUUGUCAAAAAAAUUAUCUAUAUUAUAGUUAUAAAUUUAAAUUGCUAUGUUUAAAUUAGUGUCUUGUCUGCAAGUGUGGUAAUAAUUUUAACUUGUAGAGAAUUAAUUUUAUACAAUGAAUUAAUUGCAAUGUACUAUUGUAUUUUAUAUAACCUAUCAUCUCUAGGUUAUCUCUUCAAUGUGUUGAGAUGAUCUGUAGACUUAAAUGUGAGCAUAAGUGUUAAUUUUAGUUUGUGAACUGUUUUUCAAUAUUUGAAAAAAUCUCUUUAAUGUCUGCUUUGCUUAUUUAACCAAAAAUAAUUAUAUAUUCUUAGUUUUGUGAAGCAUUAUAACAAAUCCAGGACUUGCUUUUUUAUGUCUGUGUGAAAUACUUGAGUUAAAACAUUUACAACCGCUUUUAUUUGUUGAGCAAAUAAAUAUUUCCUGUAUAUAAAAUUAUCGUAUCUCCCAUGUUAUGUGUGUUAAGUUCCUGAAGGUGAAUUUGUGUAAAAUGAACAGGUGUGGUGAUAUUUGUGAUAAAUGAUUUUUUUUCCAAAUAAAUAUUUGUUUUACAUUUUAUGCACUGUAAACUCAGUGUAAAAUCUGAACUAAAUCUUUGUAUGUGGUCUUUUGUACGCUGCCAAGUUAAUAAUCCUAUCUUGUAAGAAAAUUUAAUAAAUUAACUUUUUACUAAAA